CCUUGGGGCAGAGCUGCUGAGAGACGGCUAAGGCUUCCCCUGCUACUGCUUCAAAGAAGAAUCCGCUAAUUUAGGCAAAAUAAAAAUGAAUAACAAAAAAAAGCUCCCAAACCAGAAGGCGAAGACUGUGGAGAACACUGGCACAGCUAAGACAAAGAAACAGGAGGCUCCAGAAGCCAAGCAUGUCACAGAGCCAAAAGACAGUAAGUCCGUGGAGGAUCCGAAGAAGUCUGUGACAAAUCAGAAAGACAAGAAAACGGUGACCAUCAUUGCAGAGCCAAAGGACAAAAAGAGUGUGCCGGAGCCAAAAGAAAAGAAGACUGUGACGAUCUCAGAUCCCAAAGACAAGAAACCUGUGAUAGAGAAAGACAAGAGGACGGUGACAUUUGUGACAGAAGUAAAAGACAAGAAGAUUGUGACUGACACAAGAGAAAACAGGAUUGCAUCAAUAGACACAAAAGAAAAGAUGCCAGCAGUGCCUGAAGUAAAAGAGAAGAGAGUGCUGCUAUUCGACCCAAAAGAGAAGAUACUGGUUGCGCCUUCUGCACCAAUUGGGCCACCGGCGCCUGCUGCACCUGCUCCACCAGUUGGGCCAGUGGCACAUGGUGCGCAUGGUGCACAUGGUGCACAUGGUGCGCCUGCUGCGCAUGGUGCGCCUGCUGCGCAUGGUGCCCCUGCUGCGCAUGGUGCGCCUGCUGCGCAUGGUGCGCCUGCUGCGCAUGGUGCCCCUGCUGCGCAUGGUCCCCCUGCUGCGCAUGGUGCGCCUGCUGCGCAUGGUGCCCCUGCUGCGCAUGUUCCCCCUGCUGCGCAUGGUGCCCCUGCUGCGCAUGGUGCCCCUGCUGCACAUGUUCCCCCUGCUGCGCAUGUUCCCCCUGCUGCGCAUGGUGCCCUUGCUGCGCAUGGUGCCCUUGCUGCGCAUGGUGCCCUUGCUGCGCAUGGUGCCCUUGCUACGCAUGGUGCCCUUGCUGCGCAUGGUGCCGUUGCAUUUGCUGUGCCUGCUGCGCCUGCUGUGCCUGUUGCGACAGUGGCGCCUGCUGCACCAGUGGCACCAGUGGCGCCAGUUGCUGCAGUGGCACCUGUUGCUCCAGUUGCACCAGUUGCACCAGUGGCGCCAGUUGCUGCAGUGGCGCCUGUUGCUCCAGCUGCGCGAGUCGCUCCAGUUGCGCCAAAAAGGCCUGUAGUCAUAGAGAAAAAGCUUGUAGUCGAAGAUAAAAAAGACGAUGGGGCGACUGAAAUAGCUCGGACUGUAGUUGAGGGUGUACUGGCUGCUGCAGUUCAGUUUGUGGAAGAAGCCAGAAACCCCAUCAAGAACAUCAAGUGGCUCACUCAUGGGGAAUUCACUCCAGAAAAGGGUCGAAAACAAAUUGAAAAGUUUGUUUCAACAUGGGAGUUUCAAAACCGCUGGGUGUACUAUGCUGAUUUUAUAGAGAAGAAAGACUUAAUUCACUCCUUCCACUAUAUCUACCGGGUGCGCUGGAGUGCCCCCACUGCUGUGAGACCCUUGGCACGAGUCAGUGCCAACGCCUACUUCACCAUCAAGUUCAACAAGAGCAAACCUCCGGAUAUGCCUGUUGAAGUCUCUUACAUCUUUGAGAAUUCUGAACUACUUCAAAGACCAGGAAAGAUUCGAUUUCGAGAACAGUGGUUGCGGGACAUUACUGAGACGAAGAAUAUUUUGUUGGACUCUAUCCCCUUUAAAGUUGUCUGAUUCCUGUAUUAUAUUUGAGGAUGUUUAUAAUCCACACAUUAAAAAUAUGAAACAUCAUAUCAAACCACAUAUUUAUUGAAUAAUAAACUCAUGGCACACAA